AUGACCAUCGAAUCCACAAGGCUGCGACCAGCCAACCAGCCAACACCAACAUCAACACCCCUGUCCAUCCUCGACGCAACAGUGGUGCGCUUUACUCCAACAGGAGGAAUUUGGAUUUUCAACCAACCCACAGACAUAGACCAGAAGAACUUGGUCGACAAUUUGCGAACUUCCUUCAUUGAAACCCUAUCAAAAUUCCCCCAAUGGGCAGGCCAACUCCAAUGGGCACCCGUCAACCCCAAAGGAAACCACACAGAGCGGUUUAAUCGUCCACAGAUUGUGUACGGCACUGAUACCGACCCAGGUGUUGAAUGGACAGUAAUCGAGCAUCCCUUCCGAGCAGAUGAAAUCGUCCCGACAGCGCAGGAACGGGCUUCAUCUUCAUCGACCACCGGCUCUCAACCCGGAGCAUGGGUAGGCGAUGACUUCAACCAAAAUCUCUUCCUACCAUCUAGCCCACUGGCAUUGGCCAAUCUGCGCGACUAUGUCGGUCUGCCAGCGGUGCAAGUUCAACUCACUCUUCUCCGAGAAGGGGGCUACGUCAUCGGAAUUCAGAUGGCGCACUGUCUAGCAGAUGCACAGACUUUAAUGGUAUUUAUGCAUUUAUGGGCAUAUAAUAGCAAAAAGCAAUUUGGAAACCAGUCCGAAUCACCAUUAAUGGGCGAGCCCGUGUUCGAUCCCGCGUUGCUGGACAGCUGCGCCGCAGGUGAUAUCGAUGGGUCCGAGCCCGACCAAACCAUCGUGAACACCGCGCGAAAAUUGCCCUUGCAUCGGUAUAGCUGGUGGAAUGCAGUCAAUGAGGGCGGCCCGCCAUUCUUAACACCGACAACAGAGAAUUCCAAACCGCCGCCCGCAGAAAUCAACCACAAACAAGUAUCGCCCUCAGAACCAGCGCCCUGGGCUUCAUGGGAUUUCUCCAAGAGAGUCAGAUACACACAGUUGCACUUCACGGGCGAAGAGCUACGCAAAUUCCAAGCCAUGGCCCUCGAUGGCCCGGGCAGCCGACGUGAUAUCUCUAGACUGGACGCUUUACUCGCACACCUGUGGAGAACCAUUACACAAGCACGCGGACAAGCCGACUCUCCAAGACCCGUAUAUAUGAAUUUAAGCCUCGGCGUCCGGCCGCGUGUUUCCCCCGCUCUUCCUGAUACGUUCAUCGGGUCCCCGCUGUUUUUGACUCACGUUGGUGGGGCCGCUUCUUCAGUAUGUCGGGCAAUAUUAGGCGAGACGGCUAGUCGGAUCCGAGAGACGAUGAAGGGGUUUACGGCGGAUGCUGUGGGUGCGAUGUUGCAUGAUGCUGCUCAUGAGGUGUCGCCGCAGCGGCUGUGGCAGGCGUUUUUGGGGUCUGAACAUACGAUUGUUACCUCCUGGUUGCGGCUGCGGUUGUAUGAGGUUGACUUUGUGGGUGGGGAUAAGCCACGUUAUGUGCAUGCUGUUAUGCCUAAGAUGGAUGGGUGUGUUCAGGUCAUGGAUAGUGCGGUUCGAGAUGGGGGGAUGGAUGUUGCGCUUUAUCUUGAUGAGGUGGCUACGGGGCGGUUGCUUGAUGGUUAUCGCUCUUGA